ACUUAUUUUAGCAGACCCUGGGAACACACACAUACGUCAGAUGAGGGUUUUGAAAGAGCUUUCUUUAAUUAAUCUUGCCGGUUGUAGUCUGAAACAUUUCGUAAACCAUUUUGCUCUUGUGAUGUGAGAUGGGCUGGAGAUUUAACCUGUAAUUCUUCAAUCUACUAAAUUGUCUUGCUCAAAUGGAUAUAACUGACGAAAGAGGGGUAGUAGUGAAGUGCAGAAGUAACCUGCCUGAUGAAGAGCAUCUAAAGGACAAUCACUUGACAUCACUUAAAGGCACAGAGCACCUCCACAGCAAGCAGCUCUCAGGUGGUGCUGUGUUGUGUGCCAACGAGUCCGGUCACCUCAAAACAAGUCACAAUGCUGUGCCUUGUCGUCCCUUGUCAGUAGGAGGGGCAAGGAGCUCACAGGAGAUUCUGGCUAUGCAGCCCUCAGAUAUGGACAAGAAGAGAGAGGCCUUCCUGGAGCACCUGAAGCAGAAAUACCCUCACCAUGCCUCAGUCAUCAUGGGCCACCAGGAGAGACUUCGAGAGCAGUGUUUGCAGGGGAUGUUGUCUUCGCUGCAGUGUGAACUUAACAUUCAGAGAUAUCUGCUAAAAAUUGAGUCACUUCAUCAACCCAGAAACCAGAGUGCCAGGGCAGGUGUGGUGUGCUCAAAUCCAGUAGCAGUGUUCAGUGAUCAGCCAGAUCUCAGCUCAUUGGUGCCUCUGGACGCUUUAGAGGUCAUGUCGGAGUGUGAAGUGCCUGUUGCCUUCACUCGUGGUUCCCGCUCCCGGGCCAGCCUACCUGUGGUGCGCUCUGCUAACCAGACCAAAGACCGCUCACUAGGUGUGCUAUACCUGCAGUAUGGUGAUGACACAAAGCAAAUCCGAAUGCCCAAUGAGAUCACAACUGUAGACACAGUGCAAGCUUUGUUUGUCAGCGCCUUCCCGCAGCAACUUAGCAUGAAAAUGCUUGAGACACCCAGCACAGCCAUCUACAUCAAAGAUGACAUGAGAAACAUGUACUAUGAGCUGAGUGAUGUCAGGAACAUCACAGAUCAGUCGUGCCUGAAGGUUUACCACAAGGACCCAGCACAAGCCUUCAGCCAUGCACCGCGGCCCAGCAAUGGAGACGGCAGGAUGCACAGAGAGGCGAUGUACACAAGUCGAGAUGCUCCUCCUCUGAUACGUCAGACAUCAAACAGCCCAUCUAUGCCCCCUACUCCCCACUCAAUAACUGCUUUGCCUUCGCGCAUCCCUUUUGGACCCCGCUCAUCAGGCGGAGGAGCCACCAUGCCUCGUGAGAGAGCAGGCCAUCCACUGGCCACACCCACACGCUCAGCUUCACCAUGCCCCAGUGCCAUCCUUGAACGGCGUGAUGUCAAGCCGGAUGAAGAUGUCUCUGCCAAAGGCAUUGUAAGGGGAGGAGAGGGAAUCUACAGUGAUCCCUUUCUGUUACAUCACCACGCUCCACCCUCAGAAACACUGGACCAAGGCUACCAUAGAAGUUCUAUCCGUUCUUAUGGAAUUUCUGGAAUGACUAUGGAGCCAACUGAGCAUAACUCUCUAUUUCGGCAGAAAAGUUGGAAGACUCCACCCCCAUCGCCGCACAGGAUGGGCGACAUGAGGAUAAUUGACAUACAGACCAGCCAAUCUCAAAGCAAUUUGGGUCUUGAAAGAUCUUCACCGGUCAGACAAUCAUUAAGAAAGGAAGGGCCUAUUGCAGUGGAUAAGGGCAGAAAUGCAGUGGGGUCCCCUGUGACUUCUGAUCUUCAAGGUCAUGGUCCGCCGGAGCUGCGUAGUGAACCUCAGACACGAGAGAAAAUGAGGGCUAUGGAGGAGCAGAUAGCCAGUCUGACUGGCCUUGUGCAGCAUGCGCUACUAAAGGGUCCCAGCAUUAACAGAGGUGACAGUGAGCAUGCCAGUGACAGAUCAGUGAAGUCGGGAUCACCUGUACACAGCACAUCUAGCACAGGAGGUUCAUCUCCGUUGCUUGGAAGCAAAAUUGGCAAAGUUACACCUGAAAGUAACUCCAUCACAGCUCCUCCAAUUAGCAACAUCCCUCUACAGGUGAACCUCCUAAAUUUCAGAAAGAACAUCUCUGGGUUACGCCUACAAUUGCAGCAGAUGAGACAACUCCAGUUGCAGAAUCAGGAGUGUGUGAGUGCUCAGAUUAAACAUGCGGAGCAGGAGAUUAGUGCAAGGCUGGCUGAAGUGCUGAGACGACAGGAGGAUCCAGCACAGAGACAACGAGCUCUGGUGGAGGAAGAGCGACACAAAUAUCUCAGCAUGGAAGAAACAGUUCUUAAACAGUUAGGGGACCUGGAGCAGUAUGUAGACUCCGUGAGAAGGGACUCGAGCUCAGCCACAGCUGUGAGUUCAGUCAUACUGAAGGAAGUUGAAGAAGGAGCGGAGGGCCUGAGGAAGGUUGGGGAAAGUCUGGCAGCACUUAAAGGAGAGUUCCCAGCAUUGCAAGGGAGAAUGCGGGCUGUGCUCAGAGUGGAGGUGGAGGCUGUGAAGUUUCUCAAAGAGGAGCCACACAAACUGGACAGCAUGCUGAAGAGAGUCAAAUCACUUACUGAGACUCUCAGCACUUUGCGAAGGUGUGCCACAAAGGGUUUACUAAAAUCUCCAGAUUCUGUCAUUACCACAAUGGUGGAUGAGGCAGAGGCAGCACCUCCUGCUGAUCUCCACAGCACAGUCACUGUACUCGAGCUUCAAAGACCCUCUGUGAUUUCAGAGGUUGUCAGCUCCCAGCCUCUGAUACCCCACUGUGCCCAGAGCUCUUUCUCACCCACUCCUGAGUUGCCUACAAAGCAGACCAGCAACAUGAGGCAUGUUGAUAUAUGCAGCUCAGCUCAGCCAGAACACACAUCACCACUGAGCAGCAGCAGCAGUGGAGUGGCUCUUAGCACUGCCCGUUGUAAUGGAUCUUCCAGCAGUGGAGCUUUAAACCUAUUUAUUGAGGAGAUCAUCAGUCACAGCAAGGGCAAAAACAGAGCCCCAUCCAUUGAGGCGGCUGAGAAAGAGUGGGAAGAAAAGCGACAGAGCAUGUGUCAUUAUGACGGGGGGGAGUUUGAGAAGAUGCUGCAAGAGGCAGAAGCCAACAUGCUGAGAGGAAUACCAAGUAUUGAAGUUGCAGUUGAUGGUGGUAUUAUGCCAAGCCCUGCUGCAGCAUCUCCUGCCACUCCUGCCACAGAGGAGCGAGUGGAGAAACCCAAGCCUUCAGCACCCACAACACAAGAGGUCAAGCAGCCUGACAUGCCCAGCUCUGAGAAGUCCACUAAAACAGGACCUGAUAAAGCUCCAAAAGUCCACCUUGAAAAGUCAGCUAAAGCAGCAGGAGUGUUAGGUAAACAUGUAAAAUCCAACCUGUCAGUCAAAACAAGCUUGGAAAGACCACCAAAGUCUCAGGACAAAGCCACUAAAACAAGUCAAAGCUCAGAGAAGGCCAACAAAUCUCCCCCUCCACCUCCCCCACGCAGGAACUACAUCACCAGCAUGGGAGUCACCACUACCCGCUCAGGAGAGGUCGUUAACAGGAAGGAGUCUGGAUCUGCACAGGAAGGUGAAGUUGAGGCCACAAAUCCAGCACCUCAGCACAAACCAAGGAGCUCUCCAGAGGUGAAGCCCAAGCUGUGCACUCCUCUUCCUGUCACAGCUUCUGCCAUUUUGGAAGAGGAGGAUGAGGGGGACAAGAUUAUGGCAGAACUGCAGGUUUUCCAGAAGUGUUUGGUUAAGGAUAUAGAGCUCAAAGGUUUGGUAGAGCCACAGAUCAAAGAGCUAAGAUCUGGGGCCUUAUUGCCCCUCAAAGAUAAGAAGCAGAAUUCAGAAACCCAGGAGAACAAAGGUCUGUUCAUGGAUGAAAAUGGCAACAACACAGUACGUCAAAAUACAGGGGUCAUAUAUUACGUCACCGCACAGAUCGCCAAGGAGCCUCCAGAGGAGUCAACUGACCACAGAGCUGCAUCUCAGUCAUCCCCAUCACAGGUGUCACAUGUCAAUACUUAUGAGAAAUCCCAAAACAAGCUGCUGCUAUCCUCAGAUGGCCUAUCUGGUAUCCCAAGCCAUGGCCAAGACAACAUUUGGAGCCUUCCUAGUGAGCUACCAUAUAAACCACUGACUUGUUCAAGCUCAAUGAAGACAAAGGAACAUGGCACAGUUAGCCCUACACAGGGGAAAGUCCAUGUGGUCAAGGUUCCACAGGUGCAACUUAGCAUUGAGGAGACAGUGGAGUCUCCAACGGAAAUUUGUACACCAGUCUCACUGGGUGGCCCUGACCCAGUUCACCCCAAGGUACCUGCAAACCACAGUAAGUUGAGUUCAGCAAAUCAGCUGGAGGUGUUUCGUUUGCCCAAGACUAGGGAGAGCAAGUAUGAAGAAGUGGAAGAUGAAAGUGAGACUUUCCUCAGUCCUGACUUGCCAGGAGAAGAACCUCCUCCUCCUCCUCCUCCUCCACUUGAUAAUAUUGCCUUCAUGAUCACCAACACCAAAGUGCAGGCUUUGUCCACUGGAGAGUACCAGGAGCUUGUAAAUGCCAAGAGAGGAAAUGUGCAAACUGUGACUGUAGGCAGCAAACCACAGACUAAAUAUGGCAGUGACAAUUCUACUGUCUCUUGUAGCAAUGGUUUUGCUGAUGCUGAAUGUAGUGAUUUCAGUAAAAAGCCUGUCAUUAUCCUUUUUGAUGAACCAAUGGAUAUACGCUCAGCCUACAAACGGCUCUCCACUGUUUUUGAGUGUGAAGAAGAGCUGGAAAAAAUGUUGGCCGAAGAAAGGAUAGAGGAAGAAAGUGAGGAAACUGAGGAUGAGGAUAAAAGAAAUGGGGGAGUACAGGUAGCACAAGAUGGGGAUAAGAUGAAUUCUGGGAAAGCACAAAAUGGGGCAAACCCUGUUUUUUCUUCAUCACUGUUAUCUGAUAGGGGGACUGUAACACAGGCUACUGGUGAUGCCAAACAGGAUGUUAAGAAGAAGUUCAAGUUUAAAUUCCCUAAAAAGCAGUUGGCAGCUCUAACACAGGCCAUCCGCACUGGUACUAAGACAGGCAAGAAGACCUUACAAGUGGUGGUGUAUGAAGAUGAGGAGGAAUCAGAUGGUACUAUUAAACAACACAAAGAGACAAAGAGAUUUGAAAUUUCUUGCUCCAAGCAGGAUAACUCAAAAUCCGAGUCUGUUGCACAGGAACCACAUGGAAGGACAGAAGAGAUCCGAAAGAGCACAUACAAGACACUUGAUAGCCUUGAACAGACUAUCAAACAACUUGAGACCACAAUCAGUGAAAUGGGACCAAGGUCUUCUGAUGUUCUGCUGCCCACUGAAUACUCUAAACCUCAGGACAGCCAGGGUGUAGAGGCUUCAGAUAAAGUAGUUCUUCAGAAAACUUUGGUCACCAAAACUUCCAACUCCAGCAAGCGCCCUAGCCUUCGGAAGAAGCACAAACCGCAGCUUCUUCCUCGGCCUGCUGUGAUCACCACAACAGGCGUGUCUGUCACCCCAGCUCCUCCUCAGCAGAAUGUCAGCGUGACCUCUCCUUCUAGUCGGAUGCCGGUGCCCACGUCUGCCAAGACCAGGCAGCAGCCGGGCACCUCAGACAGAGAGAGGGCAACAAAACCUCUAAAGCAGCAAGACUCACAGAGGCAGUUUCGCCAGGCUAACGGAAGUGCUAAAAGAUCUGGAGGAGAUCCCAAAUCCACUUCCCCUACAAUGCCUGCCUCUAAAAUCCCUGCUUUUUCCUCUAGUGCAGGAAAAGUUGCUUCUCAGCCUGACACUACUAACCCUGUUAACCACUCUGCUGUUCUCUCUUCCUCCUCCUCCAAGUCUUCCAUCCCCAACCCUCGCUCAAUCCCCAACUCUUCCUCUCAUAUUCCCUCCCUUUCUAAUGGUCCUUUAAAGCUUGCACAGUCCACUCACAACACUAAAAGCCUGUCCUUGUCCACACAGACCCAAAAUGGACGAUAUUCCUCCUCUUCCUCUUCCCACUCUACUCUGUCCCCUACCAUGUUGUCACAGGUUUCAAAGAGUAUCCGAACCAUUCACACACCCAGCUUCAUCAGUUACAGUCGGCCACACAGUGGGAGCACUGGGAAAUCAGUUGUCCCCACAGCAACAAGCACCAAGGAUGCUUCAUAGAAUGCUCAACUGCUCUGCCAUCAUUUGCUUCUGUCCUAAUGAGGUAGUGCUGCUCCUAAUUUGCUCAAAUACAGUAUACCUUUUUCUUGUUUUAUUCUGAUUAUCUUGCGGUCACAUAACAUCCAGUUCUGUAUACUUUCAGUGUAUGUUCAAUGUUUUGUUUUUCCAUUUAGACUUGUGGCUGUUUCAUACACAAAUUUUUAUUCUCUAUUUUUUUUUUUUUUUUUUUUUUGCAUCACUCAAUUUUAAGUGUUUAAGCUUGAAUUUUCUGAAAGUCAUGGUAACUGAAUACUGAUGUACUCAGAAGUGACUGCUUUAUAAGUGUUCCUGAAUAAACACUAGAUAAAACUGGAUGUUCUUAUUAUAUUUUGAUCUGUUUUACUUUUUAGCUGGACAGAUGGUUCCAGCAAUAGUGAUGAUUUGUCUGGUUUAAAGUACCAAUAGUGUACCCAUAAUUCCCUGCCCCAAAUCAAAUUGGCAUUUUUAGUUUGUUUUUUUUUUUUUUAAAAAAAAAAGUUCACUGCCAGUGUAUUUCAGAUUUUAUUAAACAGGUCAGUAGUGAUUAUGCCUGUUUGCCAAAGUUGUUUUCAUUUUCCAUCCUCAUUAUUCAGAAUGAAUGAAUAUACUCAAACAGGACCUACCUAUAUGAAAUUCCCUAGCUUUACUGUAAGACUAUGGCUUUUAAGUUAAUAAAUGUGCUCUUAUAAAUAGUGUACUACCCCUGUAUAUACAGUACUAACUGUUCCUCAGAGAUUUAGUUCAGUUUUGGUUGCAUAUACCACCAAAGUUUAUUUCUGUGUCUUUCUGAAUCUGUAGAAAAAUCAUGCAAGAGCCAUGUAAGAGAAUAACCAUGCCUGCGAAGAUUUUGUAAAUAGAUUUUUUUUUAAGUUUUGUGUAAAGCUUCAAAAACCAAAUAUCUUAAAAUACCUGUGGGCAAGAUUCUGUAUGGAAACAUUAAACAUCUGCAUGUUUGUCA